GUCGUGUUAGCAGGGACGGUAAAGGCGGCUACACUUUUGCUGCAGUCACAGUAAGGCAACCUGAGAAGACCAAGUUGACUUGAGUCACUCUUUGGCUCAGCUAAUAUCUUGCAAAAAAAGAAGUCGCUUGCCGCACAGUUUCGACAGGUGCUAGCUUUAAGGAGUGGUAAAGCAGUGGUUUCCUAAGCUUUGCUAACGUUAGCAAGCUGCUAGCUGGGUUGCUAAGUUGCUAUGUCGCAACCAAGUGGUUGGACUUCUUGGAGCUAGCUAGUGAGCUCACAUCAGUGCCAAACUUUGAUUCUGGAGGAAAACACGAAAGAUGGCUGUGUCGGUGCGGGGCCUGUACUUUGUGGUGACCCUGUUUUUGGGCAGUUUCUUUGGAAGUGUCUUCAUGCUGGGUCCAUUUUUGCCGCUAAUGCUGCUGUCCCCCGCCUGGUACCGCUGGAUCACUGAUCGUAUCGUUGCUACCUGGCUCACCCUGCCUGUGUCCCUGCUGGAGCUGGUAUUUGGAGUAAAAGUGGUAAUAACAGGGGAUGGCUUCAUUCCGGGGGAGCGCAGUGUGAUCAUCAUGAACCACCGUACCCGUCUAGACUGGAUGUUCCUCUGGUGCUGUCUGCUCAGGUACAGCUACCUUCGUCUGGAGAAGAUCUGCCUCAAGGCUGCCCUCAAGGCUGUGCCUGGCUUUGGCUGGGCAAUGCAGGUGGCCUGCUUUGUCUUCAUUCAGCGUCGUUGGGAGGCUGACAAGAAACACUUGGAGAACAUGCUGGACUACUUCUGUGACAUCAGAGAACCUCUGCAGCUGCUACUGUUCCCCGAGGGCACAGAUCUCACUGAAAACACGAGAGCAAAGAGUGACGUGUUUGCCGUCCAGAACAACCUGCCGAAAUUUGAGUAUGUGCUGCAUCCUCGCUCCACCGGAUUCACCUUCAUUGUGGACAGACUACGAAAAGGAGACAACCUGGAUGCCGUCCAUGACAUUACAGUGGCGUACCCCAAGAACAUCCCUCAGACAGAACGCCAUCUCAUGUUGGGGCUUUUCCCCCGUGAGAUUCACUUCCAUGUCCGCCGCUAUUCAGUAACAUCACUGCCUACCUCUUCCUCUGACUUGGAGUCUUGGUGUCGAGAGCGCUGGGCUGAGAAGGAGGUUCGUCUGCGGGACUUCUACUCUGACCAACCCCGAGGCUUCGACAGGGACGGUGUUGCACGUGUGCCACCUUGUAAAUCAGAGCUGCGAGUGGCUCUGAUCAAAGCCGCCUCACUUCUUUACUGGAGCAGUUUUAUUGCUCUGUGCUUCGUGGGUCUGUGGCUUUGGGCUCCAUGCAGGCUCUACCUUCUGAUCAUGGUUGGAGUGUAUUUUGCCCAACAGAAGCUGAUUGGAGGGCUGGAGCUGCUGGAGUUGGCCUGCCAUCGUUACUGGAAGUCCAUGGCUGCCAAUGAGGGUGAGAAGAAUAAGGCGCUGGAUGAGAAGACGCAGUGAGGGAUGGAAGACAGGGUUGAUUGGACAAUGAUGUGUCCAUGUGCAGACACUGAAGACUCAGUUGUCUUGGCCCGUUCAGUCCAGAGAACUGGAAGAUCCCUUUCUGGGACCCAGUGCUCCAUGCCUUUUAGAAAGGGAGUAAUAAAUGCAUCUCCUGACUGUAUGCAUGGCUUCAGUGGAGAUUGCUUACCUUUUCUGUUGAAGAGAGUAGGAGAAAAAAGGGGAAUUUUAUGUACAUUUAUCGGUGAUGGGUUCAAAGAAUCAUCAUCAUCACACGUGGUGUUGUUUUCCCACCGUGUGUGUCCCUUGUAUAACCACUGUUGUUUAGCUUGCUGUCAGAGCAUUUUAUCCGUUUGCUUUCGGUGUUAAAUAUGAUGUUUGUUCAGAACCUCAGUGUGGACAUGUGUCAUGAAACAAUGCUGUUAGUAUCUGUUUUACUGUUGCCAUGUCAUUGAGACUAGUUUUUUUUUUAUGUAUUGCCCUUGGUUUUAUAUCAGUGUCAUAAAUUAUGGAGCAGAGCCAUAGUACAGACUACCUGUACAUAUGAGGACUUGACAUCUUUAACCAAUAUACAAAUCAGCACUCUAGUUACCUGGAUUAGACACUACUUAAAUGAAUCAGUUUCCAUUUAUAGUGUAUGGAAAGAAAAGGACAAAUAUAAUUCCCAGAGAAUUAUUAAUGAGUAUACAGGUAUAUAUGUGUACCACUGUUUACCUUUUACAGGGUAUAAUUACCCUUUUAUAUAAAUUGGGGAAUACAUUUUUCCCAGUUAGUCCGUAGAGAUAGCUUUUAGCUCUUGAAAGAAACAUUGUUAUCCUGCUUGUUUGCUCAAGUAGCUUUUGCACAUAAAAGCCAAAGGUGAGAAACAUAGCUGAUGUAAAAAAGUAACCAAACAGAAUGUAGCCUGUCUUGUCAGGACAGGGUAGCUUCGUCCAUCAGUGGAAAAGUUGCCCUUAACUACACUGGGGCAACACUUGUAAUCAUCAACUCAUCAAGAUCAAAGAUCUUAUGUCUGGAUAACUGUAGAAGUAGAUGAGCUUUGUGCCCUUUCUGGGAAUGAAGGGAUGCCUUGUAGAGGCAGUAUGUGGGUGGUGCUGGGGUGGAAGAAUGUCCUGUUGGGACAACAUUACCCCUCCAUGUGCAGGGUGGCACAGAGGACCAGACUUGGAGUGGAAAACUGGCCCUGAACUCAACCUAAUCCAAAAAAGCCCUGUAAUGCCCACCUCUGCCUGUGUCCCUCUCUAGAGGACUGGCAUUGAUGCGCCUGCUAAACUCAAUUAGCAAAUGACAGCUGAGAAAGCUUCUCCAAUUGUGCCAAAAAAGGACAGAAAUUGAAACAAGAUUGGAGCAGCGCUUCAACCACACUUUAAGCCAUUGACUAUCCUUGCUGUUGCUCUCAGUACCAUUUUAAACCAUGUCAAAUUCUGGGACAAAAUCGUCUGUUGGGUAGUCUAUAGUAGUUUCUGUAACACUGUGCAAUGUGUGAUUUAGCUGACCGCUUCAACUGGUGCCGACCAGCCAAUCUUAUUUUGUGAAAAAUGUCUUACGGUGCAGUGAAGCCACACGAUAGAAAGUUGAGUCAAACGUCUUUCUUGUUUAUAUGAAUCUGAAGCUCCUGUAGUUAAAGUGUAAAGGAGCUGUUUUCCAGUCACUGUGAUCUAGCUGUGUUACCAAUUUUAUCAUCAGCAUGUAAUAGUUUACUGAACCUGGUACAUAUUUGUGUUUUCAACCCAUUUAAAUCUCCUGAACCAGCUUGAAUCUACAUGUAUCAGUCUUUCUCUUGUGCUGUUUUUUGUUGCUCAUUAUUAUUGCCACUUGCCGAUGCUGGACCUCUUUAAAGUCACUGUCCUCAGGUAAACACAGUAGACACUGUAACAAGUCAGUCUAUUAAAGGAUGAAAUACGUAUAUCUGUAAAUAAACUAUAUCCGUUCA